AGGUACAUUAUAGUGCAUGCGUAAUAUGUAUAUGUAUUUGUAUGCUGUACGACUGGAUCGUAGAAAGGUUUUUCAAAAUAGUACAUCGAAAAAAGAAAUCCAAAUCUGUGUGAAUCAAUGCUGAUCAUUUGAAAGUAAGAUUGCUCUGCAUGAAAUGAUUAGUAGAAAUAGACAUCAUCCUUUGAUCAUAACAUGUAUCUCAACUGUGUGAAACCGAGAUCCACUUUUAUGGUUGGUUAUGGAAUAGGUUUCCUUGGUACGUUAUUCGUGUUCAUUUUUCAUGAUGCAUUUAGCGUUAGGUCUACUUGCGUAAGCACUUUGCCAAGCUCUGGUCUCGAUCGGAGAAGCACCCUUCUGAAAUGGCUUGUCGACACCUGGAACGACGAAGAAGAGACAGUUAUUCAGGCUUGGAAAGAUCAACCAUCGGGACAAAAUCCAACGUAUAACGAAUGGUUGAAAAGCGUGAAUAUGCGAGUUGAUAAGGUUGAUCUGGAUUCUUAUCUUUAUGGAGCAAAAAAAAAAAACGAAAAAUUGGAGUCCGAUUGGCUCGGCUCUAAUGUUCGAAUAACUUGCGUCAUAUUUGUAACAAAAGUAAAACUUGCAAGAUCUAUAUGGCACACAUGGGGAACACGUUGUAAUAACAUCUAUUUUUUUGGUAAAGAAAAGGAUGUUUUAGUGCCUAUAAUAACUUUUGAUACCAAGCUUGUAUCUUCGUGGCAACUAUUAUGCGAAGCAUUCAAUUAUGUUUGGAAGUCUAAUGAAAAUUUGGAGUGGGUCGUAUCGGUAAAAGACGAUACAUUGGUCAUUCCUGAAAAUCUACGGUAUAUGCUUGCUCCGUUGAAUCAUACGGACGAUCAUUAUUUAGGUCAUACGGUGGUAUUGUGGGGACAACCGUAUAAUGUCGCUAACGCAGGAUACGUAAUAAGCAUGGGAGUUUUAAGGAAAUUGGUAGAUAUGUUUGAUAAUUCUGAGAAGUGUAUAACCGGUGGCAAGUACUGGAAGCAAGAGGAUUAUUAUCUUGCUAAACAUUUGGCAUCUAUGGGAAUUUAUCCUUCGGAUACGAGAGAUCAGCGCUUACGGGGUACAUUCCAUGGGUACUCUUUGCAAUCGCUGUUGUGGGGUAUCGUUAAAACUGGUAGUUACUGGACUCGUGCUCUGUAUCCGAUACGAAACGAGUGUUGUUCUUUUAUGUCUGUCACUUUUAAUGUCGGAGAACCGGACAAAAUGUAUACCUUGAACUAUUUAUUAUACCACUUACACGUCUUGAAAAGAAAAAGUGUUUUCGGAGCUAAACGGCCAUUAAUGGUUAUACCCGACAAAGAUGUAUGGAAGAUCGCGCUAGAAGAAGAAUUUAAUAUCACGCAUUUGAAUAAUAUUUCUUCGGAUGCUUACUACGAAAUUUGGCAUUCAAAAUAUUCAGAGCCCGAGCAGCUAAUGAGCAAGGAUUAUCAACGUAAACUUUACGAUAGGACAAUUUAGCUAUCGAAUUUCUGCCUUCGAAAAUUGAGACGAAUUCCGAUAAGUAAAACAGACUUUUAAAAAGUCAUUUCUUUUCGUUUUAUCGUUAUAAUUAUUGUUCACGUAUUAUUUAUAUUGAUUUCAGAGAUUAUUAACAUACGAUACUCUACUAAAAUUUAAUUAUUUAUUUGCUUUAUUUUUUACAUAUAUAUGUAUACAUUUUUAAGGUUCUGGGUUUUAUAGUCGUGCGUUUACAGAUUAACAAGUCUCAUUGAUAUCGGUGCGGUAACACUGAGAAUGGUGCUAUUUGAUAAGUAUUUCCCUUGUUAUACCAUUGCUGCCUUAUCUAACUAAUUAGGAAGUUAUUAACGCUCGGAAUGACCGUGAUAAUCAAAUCGCAUUUCCAGGCUUAAAUGUGCGUAAAAAAUGUAGGAGAGUAUUUUCUACUUCGUGUGUACAACUUAAAUAAAAUUAUCGAUUUUCAUUCAAUAGAAAUUCGUGUACUCGGUGUUUUUUGAAGAGGCGAAAAAUAUAAUUGUUAGUUCUAUUUUGCGGAUACACACAUAGUACCUGAAAUAAUGUACAAUUGUUUUUAUGUAAAAAAGUUCGCACAAAGUGAUUGCAAUGUAACAUUCCUAUCGAAGACAAUAAAUACCGAAUGUUUCAGAA